AUGAACGAGCAGCUCGGCGUCCCGCUCCGGCACAGGUGUGAUUUCGUCCUGGAGGCUUCCGUGUUCUUCGAGAAGCCUGGGCGGCCAGUUGUCCCUCUGCGAGUACCUCCUUGUUUGACUUUUUCGGGACGACAUCGUGAUCUGGCGGCCAGUCCUUGCGUGCUGUUGGGCGGCCAGUUCUUCUUCCUCUUCUACUUGAUUCACCGCAAGUUCUUCUUCCUUGGUAUUCGCCUCGUUCUCUUUCUCUACUUGGCUGACCGCCUGACCUUUGUCUGGGACGACUUUGGAGAGCAACAACUUCUUCACUUCAUCAUGGAGGGCGACCUGAACAUGGAGAAUGUUGACCACCGUGGAUCUCCUACAGAACUUGCUGAGUCCUCGGCGGAAGACAAUGAGGUGAAGGGGCCCCCUUGCCCUUUGGAUCUGGAUGUCAAGUUGGAGAAACGAAAACGUGAGGUCAGACGUCGGCGAGUUCGUGAAGGACGAGCCAAAGAAGUUCGGGCAUGUGACUUGAACGUGCCGGACAGUGAAGACGAGGAUGAGUCAGACAACGACAGUCCUACCAAGCGUCCUCAGCAGGGAAGUGAAGCGCCCCUUAGCAGCAGAGAAAUCCGUGAUUUGCUCUUUAGUCAUGUGACGGAAAUGAAGGAGGCAUGGAGAUCCUUCCAGGGCCGCCUCGAUAAAGUCGAGUCUGAACAGCUUCAACAACAGCAUGAGAUGAUUAACAUCCGUACAAGGACUGCUGCGGUCGAAAAAACCGGGGCCCAACUGCAGAAGAACGUUGAGCUCCAGGGGAAGAAUCUUGACGAACUGGCUGAGGAUGUCAAAAACAUGAAAGUUCAGAUCACAGACUUGAAGAAUCGGCCACCUGAAGCCCCUCGUGAACCUCCUCUUGAUGACACUCGUGGACGAGGUGCUCCUGUGCCUUCUGACCCGUGGGCUGAAUACGCCCGGAGAAGGGGUGAUCUUGCCCAAGGGAACCCUUCGAGUGUUGGAGAACAAGCCUCUGGUUCGGGCGACAGACAAGGAGAUGUCCUCACCGACGACGAAAAGAAGACCUUGGUAGUGGGAGGCUGGGCCAGAGACACUAAACGAUCUAUCAUCGAGGCGGAGAGUGCAACGGUGCUGGCGAUGGAAGGGAUGAAAGCAUUGAUUGACGUCGAGAAGCUGGCAAUCUAUGGGCCAAGACGCUCAGUGGGCAUGAUGAAGUUUCAGCAACGCGAAGGUGAGACAUUCGCCGAUGUCAAAAACAGGAUGUGGGCUGUCAUCAGACUUGUUGCGAACGCUAAGAUUGAGCUCCCCAGCACCAAUGACUUCGGCGAGGCCAAGCUUAUGUGGGCGAGUUUCACCAAGACACGCUCGGCGAGAUUGAAGAGCAGUCAUGUCUCCAUGAUCCGCAGAGUCACCUGUGACCUUGCAUUCAGCUCCAAGAAUGCCGAAGGUGGGAUCAAGAAUCUCGCAAACACCCAACAGUCUGCAUAUGAUUGUGACUGGAACUUAGGCACAAUUUGGUGCUCCGCUCACAAGCUCGGUAGCGCGACCCAUCGCUCGCCGAAGGACUCCGAGACCAUCUUGAUGCCAGGAGGUUGGGUGGAUUUGAAUGCGAUCUCAGCAACAGCUGGCUGCUCCGUUGAUGAGGCCAAGUCGGCCUUCGAAAAGGAGCUGCUUGGCUCUUCGUGUGGAAGACAUAGAUGGGGCCGCAUCUCGCAGUGGAAUUUGGCUGGUCAGAAAAUUGGGCUGCUGGAUGUCGCUGCUAGAGAUGUUGAUGUGAUCUUUGCCCAAGAGGUUGCGCGCGGCAAGGAGGGAUGGGAUAGCUAUGAGUCGGACGAGUUCCACUGGAUUCUUCACCGCCAUGCUGAUCAAUGGCGUGGUGUUGGCCUGGCUUUCUCCAAGGAUCGUUUCGACUGUGUCACUCAUAAGGUUUCUACGCCAAGGGGAAUCUGGGCACUGGUGCGAAUCAACGGCCUGGGACGAAUUGUCUGUGGCACUCUGCACGCACCGUCGGGUGUCACGAACGCAAUCUACCAAGCCGCAGUAUGCGAGUUCUUCGGCAAGCUCCCUGCAAAAUGGCGGCAGUACCCAUUGCUUUGUGGAGUGGAUGCAAAUGAAGUUCCUCAAUGGGAGCUAGAUGAGAACGCGGAGGUCUACCUGGGACACAGUGGCGAGAACCUGAAUGUGUUGAUGAAUGAGGCUGUCAAGAUCAACAGCCACAUGAUCCUGACGCGUGGCAUCGCCUGUGGAGACCUUGUUAUUGUGCCGGAGAGGCGACUCACCAUCAACACAGACCAUGCACUCCUGUAUGCUGAGAUCUAUGUCCGAAGGAAGACUGACCAACUCGUCUGGGGCAAUGACUCUCGGGCGAGGUGGGUACAAGGUGAACUUCCUGAUACUCUUAUCGUUGACGAAGACGACAUUGCAAAACUCGGCAGGGAGUGUACGCGCCCGCGAAGGUCGUGUGCAUAUCGAGACCCAGAGGAAGUCAAGUCUGCCAUCGACCGUGCCAAGUCAUCCGGGAAGAAGUCUGACUGGAAGUGUGUUCACCGCCUUCGCAAAGAGGCCCGAAAAGCAUGGGAAGAGGCCAGACUUUCACGAAUCCUGCUUGGAGGUUGGGAUGAAUUUCGAGCCCUGCAGAAUGAAAAGAAAAAGCAUCGUGGAUGGUGGGGUGAGCUCCUCCAAGAAAAGUCUUCACGGCAACUCACUCUGGAUGUCACUCGCCAUCUUGAAAGCAAAAUGGUCACACCUGAAAUGCAUAGAUGGGAUGAAGAGUUGGACACCUUGAUUGCUGGAGUUCCUCAGAUCGACAACUUCGCACAGUUCUCUGUACAGGAUAUCCGUGUUGAACUACAGGGGAUGAAAUGUAGGAGUGCGGUGGGACCGGACGGCAUCGGGGUCCAUCUCCUUCGUGAACUUGCUAGCCAUGCCGAGUACUCGCACCAGCUCGCCGACCUUAUCAACCACAUCGUUGCUACGCAGCAAACGCCUCGCAACUGGAAUGUCAGCUUCCUUGCCCUGCUAGCCAAAUGCUCGACUCCGCGGAAGCCUGGUGACCUCCGUCCCAUUGCGGUUAGCUCUGCCUUCAACAAGCUCGUCAAUCGUUUGGUCUGCUCUCGCAUUCUGCCGCAUCUCCGAAGGGGUUCCAGAAUUUCGGCCUGUGGCCGGGGACGACAAGCUGCAGACCUUAUCGGGGCGACUUCACGCAUUCGCGAUGUGGUACAUGAAUGGCGGGUACCCUGCUUAUUCUGCAAACUGGAUGUAGCAGGUGCUUUUGAUCGAGUAGAUCGUCGCAAAGUCGCCCAGCUCUUGAAGGAUCGUCUCAUGGACAAAAGGUUGACUGCCGAAUUGCGCUACAUCCUGGGACAGUUACACACUCAUGAACUGCUAGGACGUGUGCCGGGUGGUCACGCCAUUUCUGUCUCGCCCAACACCGGCAUUAAACAGGGGGCACCUGAGAGCGCUGAAAUCUUCGGUAUCUUGGUGGACUCCAUGCUCACGGAGUUGGUCGAUUGCUCGGCUUGGAAAAGACUUGGUCGUCCUCAUAAGGACCUCGAUAUCGAUUUGAUGUUCUAUCAGGAUGACGUGUUCCUUGUUGAGACGGACCUCACCAAUCUGAUCCGGCGAAUUAGGGUCGUGAACAAAUGCCUGGGACGAGCUGGCCUGAAGCUUGCCACGGAAAAGACGAAAAUCAUUGCGAGUCCUGAAUAUGGAGGUCCUCGUAAGGCGAAAGUAGCGGAUGAAGUCUAUGAGGUUGCACCGGCAGGUGAAUCUGUUCAGGUCCUUGGGGUCAGCUUUUCCUUCCACGCGAGCAUCUCACAGCAGGCAGAGGAGUUCCUGGGAAGGGCGAGGGCUGCCGCCGCCAUACAUCAGGAUGUCCUUUGUGCCAGUGGACCUUGGAAGAAGAAGACCGAUAUGAUCCGCAGUUUAGUUGAAUCUCGCUGGAGCUGGGCUGCAGGAAGUGUUUUCGUCUUCGCAAACAUGGCAGUGAAAGCUGGGUCGAAUGGAAUCAAAGAUCGCUUCGGUUCUGCCGCACCUGGAUGGUGCAUAACUCGGGACUCCCUGCCCGUGCCUACCUAUGCGGGCUCUCCACUGGAGAAGUACGUCCUGGUGGAGAUUCCAACAAAGCUUGUCCGAAAUGAAUGGUAUCACCUUGCCUCUGAUAGAGUUGCUUGGACUACAGCGCGAGAUCGAUAUCUUGCGUGUUGGGAUGUGAAAUGGAUUGCGGUCGGCUGCUGCUCUGCGUGGCUCGAGUUCGUCGACUUCCUCCGAACCCCCCCUUUGCUCCUUUUGGCCGAACAUGCUGACACCGAGCCGAUGCCAUCUUCUACACAAUCCUCCUUGCCCGCCGCCGGAGCUCAUCAAAGUCUUCCCUGGAACUACAACCAGUAUAUCUCCUUCAUGUCGGCGGCCUGGGAUGAAGAAGUUUCGCUCGCGGAACAGCUCAAUGACUACGUGGAGACUGAAGCAGCGCAGCAGGGCAGUUCAUCGAGCUCCUCUACACACGUCCUCCUCGAACCAGUUGUCCAGUCACCGGAACCAAUGGUCGUUGCCCACGUGGCCGAAGUGAAGCUGAGGCUCCUCGUGCUCUUCCGGGACGAGACCCACAUGACCUUCUGCGAUGGAGAAUGCUUUCAACACUGGCUCUGCUGCUACAAUGUCCUCGGCGAGUUCUUCUACGAGUGCUACCUGCCCUACAUUGGGAACGAGCUCAUCUUUGUCACCGACCUGGUCGGCACUGAGUACACAGCAGUGCUCCUCGACGGCAUCCUCUUCGAGUUGGACAUUAACAGCAGCGUGUACCACCUGGACUUCAGGAACGCCCUCGCCUGCGACAUCGUCGUCCUCCUGUUCUCCGACAUGCUUUUCCUCGUCGCUGACUUCAGCAACACCGCCAUACGCAUCCGCAGCAUGGGAACGACCCUGGGAAGGUGA